AUGGGCUGUCUUUCCGAGUUGAGAUGGAUCGAUUUGUAUUACCUUAAUCUUAGCAAUGACGAAGCCUGCCGUGAUCGACAUUUGGAGGGAACCAAUUUGUUGCAUCUAGAAAACGCGGCCGUGGUGAAUCUUUAUGGGUUUCAAUUCACAGAUGAUGUGUUCAAGAGCCUAAUCGAGAGGGCAAGGAAAUUGAAGGUUCUCACUGUUGUGCAUAAUAAGUCGAUCCAUGGGACACCAACCUUUCCCCAGGACUCAAUUUUAGAGAAGUUGACUAUUCAGUACAAUUUUCUUUUCUCGGAAAUUGACUGCUCUAUAGGGAAAUUGAGGUGGCUGACUGACUUGAGUGUUGAAAACUGCCACAAACUUAGAAAAUUGCCUGAACAAAUUGGAGAGCUACGGAGUCUGCGGCACCUCUCUCUUAAGGCUUGCUGUGGCUUGAUUGAACUCCCCGACUUAGUUUCGAAAUUAGAGUCGUUAACGAAGCUGGAUGUAUCAGGCACGAGAAUUACAAGAUUACCAGAUUCCAUUGGUAGACUACCAAGCCUAUCAUAUGUAUAUGUAUCAUUCACACCAAUUGAAAAAUUGCCCAGUACAAUGAGUGAGUUUCGUCAACUCCAAACACUGGACUUGGCUGGUUGUCAUGGGAUACAAGAGCUGCCAAUGCUCCCCAAAAGUUUGACCGCUUUAUUGCUGAUAUCUACUUCGUUGCUGACUGUCCCUAACCUCUCGUAUCUUACUAAUCUAGUUGAAUUGAACCUAUCCGAUCGCUCUUAUUUGAUGGCCGGAUCAGAUAUAAUUCAAACUUGCGAUUUACGGUGGAUCGGGAAGUUAUCCAAGCUGAGCAAGCUGCGGUUUUGCUUUCCAAAUGUCCGUGCAUCAACUAUUGAGUUGGGUUCCCUUUCUUGGCUAAAAGAGCUUACUCUAUUUGGACUGGACUUGCCAACUUUCAAACAACUUCCGUCAAACUUGAUAGUUUUAGAGCUCUACGACACUAGAGGAAAACAAGUACACCUCGAUGGGCUUCCUCCAUGGGAAAAGGAGACUACAUUCGUUUCAUCAAGUUCGACAAGAGAAAACAAGGCGUACGAGCAACAUCAUGUUCACUUACUCAGUGUCUUAGGAUCGUCGGAGAGAUCACGUAUUCAAGACUGCAAAUCUUCCAAGAUGUUGGCUUGUCUGCCGGAAGAGCUGGGGUGCAAUGAACUACAAGCUCCCGAGUUGAUUGAUCAUUGGAGGGGAGCCUUCCAUUUCCCAAGCUCCCUAAAGAUGCUUAAAGAAUUCGUUCUGUCAAGGUUCCCAGAGUUACAGGAUAUUCAAUUUGUUUCUACGUUCGAAUCAUUGGAAAUCAAUAGAAAGGAUUUUUGA